AUGACUAUUAGUACCCAGAAUCGCUAUAAUCUGGUCGCCUGCGCGUGGAUCCAGAAUUUCCUGGGAUCCCCGGUUGUUCUCAGCUGGACCAUCGUCGGGAUGAAUGUCGCUGGACAUACUAAGCGAGGUUUCGUCAUCGCGUUGUAUUUCCUAUUCUAUUGCGCUGGUAAUAUUGCCGGUCCACACCUGUUCUUCCCAAGAGAAGCUCCGCGCUACAUGUCCGCCAUCAAAGGGCUUGAGACCUGCUAUGCGGCCUGCGUAGUGCUGCAGAUGGUGUACAUGGCCACCUGCUUCGUCCAGAACCGUAAUCGGGAUCGCAUGGGAUACCAUGCGCAGGACGAAGAUGAAGCUCGAGAGGGAUUUGAGGAUAUGACGGAUUUGGAGAACAAGCAUUUUCGCUACCGGCUGUGA